AUGAGCAGCGAAGAAGCUGAACUUAGUAAAACACUUGAAGAUAGUAGUUUACAAACAGCUAAACGUGAACCAUCACAAAACAAAGAAGUAGCUGAUGUAUUAAAAGCACAAGCAAAUGAAGCAUUUAAAAAGGGUGAUUAUGAAACAGCCACAGAUCUUUAUACAAAAGCAAUCGAUAUUCAUCCUGAUGCUAUUUUAUAUUCAAAUCGUAGUUUCUCCUAUUUAAAACGUGAAUAUUAUGGUUAUGCAUUAUCCGAUGCCAAAAAAGCGUUAGAAUAUGAUUCAAAAUAUGUUAAAGCUUAUUAUCGUCGUGCCUCAGCUCAAAUGGCAUUGGGAAAAUAUGCCAGUGCAUUAAAUGAUUAUGAAUAUGUGAAAAAAGUGUGUCCAAAUGAUAAAGAUGCCGCUGUGAAAUAUGAAGAAUGUAAGAAGAUUGUUACUCGUAUUCGAUUUGAAAAGGCAAUAUCUGUUGACGAAACAAAUACAUCAGUAUCCAGUCAAAUUGAUAUUAAUAGUAUGCCAAUUGAAAAAGAGUACGAUGGACCACAACUAGAUGCAAAUGGUCAAGUUACAAAAGACUUUAUGAUGAUAUUAUUAUCUUAUUUUGAAAAUGAAAAAAAACUUCAUAAACGGUUUGCCUAUCAAAUCCUUUUACAAAUAUUAACAUUGUUUAAAAGUUUACCAUCAUUGAUUGAAAUUAACGUUCUACCGAAAAAGAAAUUUACAAUAUGUGGUGAUAUUCAUGGACAGUUUUAUGAUUUACUUAAUAUAUUUAAACUUAAUGGACCACCAAGUGACGAUAAUCCUUAUGUUAUGCAUGGUGGAUUGUUUAGUAAAGAUGAUGUUACAUUAAAAGAUAUAAAAGAAAUUGAUCGUGUACGUCAACCACCGGAUGAUGGUCUAAUGUCUGAAUUACUUUGGUCAGAUCCACAGCCGCAGAAUGGAAGAUCCGAGAGUAAACGUGGCGUUGGUCUUCAAUUUGGACCUGAUGUUACAGAAAAAUUUAUCAAAAUGAAUAAUUUGGAAUAUGUUGUUCGAAGUCACGAAGUGAAACAAGAAGGUUAUGAAUUGGCACAUAAUAAUAAAUGUAUUACAGUGUUUAGUGCUCCAAAUUAUUGUGAUACUAUGGGUAACAAAGGAGCGUAUAUUACAAUCUUUGGCGAUAAUGUUACUCCUCAAUUUACCAGUUAUACAGCUGUUGAACAUCCAAAAGUUCGUCCAAUGGCAUUUGCUAAUAAUCUGUCAAUGUUUGGUCUCAUGUAA